AGUUGGCCUCGGCACGUCGUGCAGGUAACACGUGAGGUACACCGUCUCUCCCGUCACUCCCUUACCAGAUGUCCUCGAGGUUAAAAAGCCGCUAGUGGGAACGUUAGCCAGUGAUACAGCGAAUAUACAGAAUUCAGUGAUGCUGGAACAAGCUAUCUAAAACAAGUGUGUGUGUGUGUGUGUGUGUGUGGGGCACAGAGGGAGCUCGGAUAUACAGUGAACCUAUACGUGUCAAUAAUGGCCAAAUCGGAAAACGAGGUGUCACCUCAGGUAGGCGGAAGAAACACCGUGGACGAUAAUAACAAUAGUGAAAAUAAAAGCCCAAACGAUAGUUCCAGUAACAUUACGAGUGGUGGAAACUCGUCCGGAGGGAAGUACCAGCUGCGGCCUCGUUCCCUGCAGGCCCGGCGUCGCUCUGACAGCGAGUGGAGUCUCCAGGACUCGUUGAGACACAAGCCGCGGCCUCCGCCGCUCUCCAGGUACCGCAGGAAGACGGCCAAUGCCCGGGAGAGGUACCGCAUGCGGCAGAUCAACACGGCCUUUGAGAGCUUGCGGGGCGUCCUGCCAUCCUGGGUGUGUAGUCGCCGCCCCGCCUCGGAUAUGACCAAGAUUACCACCCUGAGACUUGCCUCGGCUUAUAUCCGAUCCCUCCAGGAUAUACUGGAUGGUAACGCCCACCAGGACACCUGCUCCUGGGUGCUUUCCAGCAUCCUGGAAGAGGCCUCGACCAGCCCUGGAGAACCUCAGUCCGACAUCACAUUCCAGGAAUAUCAGCCCCAUUUGCAAACCAACAAUCCUAUCAAGAUGCAGCAACAGCAGCAGCCCGCGAUGCACCCACCUCAAGAGUCUGAUCUGGUGUCGUUCCUGUGCGCUUCCUCUGAAACCGCAGUCUUCCAAGACAAUCUGGAGACGUUCUCGUACCUGUCGCCUAUGUCCGAAUCGGAAGCCGUGUCGUUACUGCUGGGAUCUGAGCCCCUCCGCCUGUGGAACGACGGUCAGCAUUCGCAGGUAGUGUCGUGAUGAAGUGGAGGGGUAAAUAAGACUGGCCUAGAUGGAUGAUUUAAGUUUCUCCCAUUAGCAGAGGUGUCAAGGAUAACGCUGAUAUCAUAUCGCCAAGGUCGCGUCGAUCUGUGUCAUUGUAGAGUGAGGAACGUAAGGCAUCUGCGGCGUGAUGCCUCCUGACUGUGAUGAAAAAAAUAAUAUAAAUAUAUGUGUUAUAUAUAUUUGUGUUAACAGAGAAGCGUAUUUUUCUGAUGCAUGUUGUCAUGAAGUGUCAAAAGUAGUCGAUAGAUAGUGCAAAUUAUGCUUAUGAUAGAUUAUAUUUAAUGAUAUUUUACAUUUGGUAAAUUAGGUAAAAAAAAAAAAGGAACUAUGCAAGGCAAUUUAAACACUGCCCGGAGUGGAGAUAUUUUGAGAAAUCUCGUGAGAAAAAGGUAUGCUACACGCGUAAAUAUAUUCACUAUUCAAAUCUUGUUAAUUGAUAUUCCAGACGAGUACAACCCCUCCUCCUUCCCCCCCCCCCUCCUUCCCCCGAGCGAUACGUGAUUGACAGCGUGGAUCUAGCGUCUUACAGAGUUAAGGGUCGUUACAGCACCCCAACUGUGAUUCCCUAAACUGUUUCUUCUCGCCAGUGCCAAUAUUAUUACGAUUAUUAGUAUGAUUAUUAUUUAUUUUUAUUAUUAUUCUCCCUCAUUCCCCUCUUCACCCAUUCUUUGUGAGGUGUGAACCCGUGUACUGAGUAGUAUGACCUUAUUCUUAAGCGACUUAUUCUUAAAGCGAUUGGACAACUGAAGCGAUUAUCAGUUGCUUGUAAUUAUCAAACGAUUCAGGCGCGUUAUUAUUACAGUUUGUAUCAUCUGUUUCUGAACAUCUACACGCACACACGCACGCACACACGCACACACGCACGCACACACGCACACACGCACGCACA